AAUAGUCUGUAGCCAUUAUAUUACGGUACGAUAAUGUAAUAUUUAUGCACACAUUUUGAUGUGUGUAAUAUUGUUACGAACUAUGUCUAUCUUUGUACGACUAACAUAGUAUGAACGCAUUCAAUCGGUUGUGUUGCAGAUCAUUUACCGCUGCGCGAAAUGAUAAUGCAGCAGCAAUAGAGGCAUUUCGUACUCUAGUAUCAGAGCAAUCUAGUUGCCGUCCUGUCUAUCGUGGCUGGCCACCACCUGAUCGCAUCCCAGUAGGUAACGGUACGUUGGAGCCCUUAGGCCGUUCAAUUUUUAUAAUGCGCCGUGAUCUGAAAGAUGGUUUGCGUUCCGAACCUACACUAGUUCUUUGUUGCGGCACUAAGCCCAUGCUAAUGUUAAGACGCAGUGAGUUCGAGGCACUGGUGCAACGCCUUCCUUGGAUAAAGGAUCAGUUACGCGAGUUUUACAAACUUAUUUAGUACUGUCUGUUAGCUUUCACCGAAUCUGCCGUCAAAACCGCAGAACGAUGUGAGUAGGAAGACGGGGAAGUAUGCCUUCUUCUCGAUCUUGGAACACCAAUUCCAUGCUG